AUGAGCAACGCACAAAAUGGUGUUACGAAUGACACACAUGGAGAGGACAUCCCCUCCGCGAGGGAUCAAUCAACGGAAAAGGAAAAGCCGAGCAGUAGUAACGAAGAUGCCCUAUUUCAUAUCAAGGACGGCUUGACACAGUUAGAAAAAACACUGAGCGGAGAUGGGUACGCCUUUAGCAACUUGACUUGUAAAAAUAAAAAUUUGAAUUGCAUUCCAAAGGAAAUAGAAAAAUAUAAACACCUCAAGUAUAUAAAUAUGUCUCAUAACAAAAUAGAAGAUAUAGACAAGCUGUACAGUCUGAGCAACGUUGUUUUUUUAGAUAUGUCUAAUAAUAUGAUCAAAACGAUAAAAAAACUGGCAAGUAAUUGCUUAAAAAAUUGUGUCUACAUGAAUUUAUCUCACAAUUUAAUUAAAAAGGUGGAAGACAUAAAAAUGCAAAACUUAAGAGAACUCGAUUUGUCUCACAAUAACAUAGAAAAUAUGAACAUUAAUCUGCCUAGUAGUGUUAAAAAAUUAAACCUCUCAAAUAACAAUAUAAAAACAUUAGCUCUUAAAAAUAAGCUAGACAAUUUGGAGUCCAUAGACUUAUCAUCCAACCCUAUCGAGAAUAUAGAAUUUAGUGAAAUCGCUCCCAACAUAAAUUAUCUUAAAAUUAACAACAACAGUACCAUGCCUAUGAGUCAACUGAGUAACCUGAACAACUUCAAGGAACUGCACCAGCUAGAUAUGGAUAAUUAUCUGCAUUUCAAAGAUAUAUCGUACAAGGAGAUUAAGCAAAUUUUGGAGGCUAACACAAAGGAUAUUGACCUGCAGAAGUUUAAUGGAAACCGGAUAGACAAGCAAGGCGCCGCGGGGAUCACUAGAAAAAAACCUUCCCAACACAUCGGGUGCGCAUAUAUCUAUGUGUUGUGGGUACAUCUUUAA